GCGGCAGCACCGCGCAGGGAGGAGAGGGGAAAACGGAGGAGCUCACAUCCAUUAACGGACGAUAACUGGAGCCGGUGGACAGGCCUAUGCACACACCGAGAGGGAACAGGGCCGGUGGAAAGUCUUGUUUUAACCUCGGUUGCUUUUGUUAUUAUUAUUAUUUACUAUUAUUUUUUUUAAUUUUGGACCCCAAAACUUAGAUGGCACGGAGCGAGCUGAGUGCGUCAUCUCGUCGGAGGAAUUAAAAAGAGCAGCGUGAGGCAGAGGAUUCCUGCUGGGAUCUGAGAGGGAAGAAUUUGGUGUCCUGGCGGUGUAGACAGACCCCCGACUCUGGUCCCUCGCAACCUUGAAGGGACCAGCUUGACUUCACAUGGACAAACCCGUCUGAGAGGGACUCACACAUCACCUCUGGGGUUUUUGGUGCUUCUGAUUGGACGUCGCAUCAGUUUGUCUGACCCACAGGGCUUUUGUUUCUUCUAGUUUCAACUUUUUUUUCUCCUUUCUCUCUUGGACAUGAGGUUCUGCCUCAAAAAUCAGAUGACAGUGUUGUUGCAACUGUAUUUUCCAUCUGAAAAGAUGGAGAAGUUUACAGCCGCCACAGCUUCACCAGCUUUUCAAGAAAACUGAGAGGGUGGAUUAUUGAAAGGAGUCUGGUGGAGCUGUUUGGAGAGUUUAAGUGGAUGUUUGCUGCUGCUCAAAACACCUGCCAAGUUCCCACAUUGGAUUACAGCCUUCAGGAUAGCAGUGUCAGCACUUUAAUUGGCAAUAUAGAAUUUGGCUUAUUGACCUUGGAGAGACGAGUCACAAGCUUGCCAAGUUUCACGGCAUCCAGAGGACAACAGGACAUCACGUACAUCUCGUCCUGCACGUCUGAAAUCACCUCUUCCUGCCCGGGGGGAAAACUCUCACUAGUCCCCUCACCGCCAUGGUGAUGUCGCAGGGCACCUACACCUUCCUGGCCUGUUUCGCUGGCUUCUGGUUGGUCUGGGCCGUCAUCGUCAUGCUCUGCUGCUUCUGCAGCUUCCUGCAGCGCAGGCUGAAGCGCCGCCACGAAGAGAGGCUGAGGGAGCAAUGUCUGCGAACCGUAGAGACUGAGCCGCUUGGCUGUCACCCUGCAGGAUACCCUCCUCCUCUUCCUCCUCCUCCACCUCCACCACCACCUCCACUGCUGCCCAGGGAGCCACCGCAGUUCUCCCCGCCUCAAACCUUGUUGCCGCCUGUUCCUCUGCAGGUUCCUCAUCCCAUGCCGCAGGCAAACUGGAUCAGCAUGCCAGACACAGAUAUAUUUGGGAAGCCGCCCUGCUAUGAGGAGGCAGUUCUGAUGGAGGAUCCUCCUCCGCCCUACAGUGAGGUCUUGGCUGACCCACGGGGGGGCACCUACCUGAAGCCUGCCCCGCUCCGAGCUGCUCCGCAGCCACCUCCUCCCAGGGAAUACCAGGAUCCUGCUCCGGUCUUCACAUCUGAGACCAGCAAGCCUCCUGUGACAGCCGUAUUCCCUGAGCGAGCUUACUCCUCCCUCAUACGUCUGCCUUCGUCCCAGCGCUGGGACUCCCUGGGUCAUCUCCUGUCCAACAUGGACCUGAACCACAACAACCUUACCCCGCCGGGGGGGCGGUCCAUCCAGGCUGCCGCUGCAAUGGCUACCAUGCCCCGCCGAGAACCCAGGACUCACCAUGAUGCACUUGGGCUCAGAGGAGGACUACAAGGACUCCAAGGAAGCAUACAAGGACUCCAGGGAGGCAUACAUGGACUCCAAGGAAGCAUACAAGGACUUCGAGGAGGGAUACAAGGAUUCCAAGGGGGAAUACAGGGGUUCCAAGGAGGGUUCCAGGGGCUUCAGGGGGUACAUGGACUGAGGGGACUGGAGCCCAGCUGUGGCCUGCCAACAGCCUUUCCCCUGCUUGGUCGGAGCACCGCUGUCUAGACCUGGAUGCUUACUGGAGGAGUCUAACCAACCAAUAUGUUGGUCUAUCUCUGAAGAGCCUUCAAGCAGGAGAUCUAUCCUGUGCUGCUCCGUGUUUACAGCACUAACACUGCUAGAAGUAGAGAUUUAAUUACCUAAAGAGCUAAAAGAGGGUUCAAAUGCUGCAAAGGCGUCAGAAGUUCAAUUCCCCGUGCAGCUCUGUGGGCGAAGGGUGCCACUUACUCUGCUGGGACUGCGGCUUUCAGCUGUGCGUGUGGAUAAAGGAGGAAAUUAUCCACCGUUUUCAAACCAGUGUUGUUGAGUCACAGAUGUAUCCUGGUGUCAUAUCGAAAGUUAAUUGAGACUAGGUUUUUUUUAACAGCAGAGGAGGAGAGAAAAGAACCAGUAACGAGGUAAAAGGAGGAGCAACAAGCACAGCUGUUUCUCUGCCUUUAAUCUGGACUCCCUCUGCCUUUAUUUUCAUCUCUACCUCCCCCUUUUCGUGUCGUCCUCUUAUUCUGUUCAUCCCUCCUCUCUCUGUGACUGAGCAACCUAUUGUACCAGUCUGCCGUUGCCAUGGCUCCCAAGAGCUGUCUGUUGCCCACAACGACCUCUCCUCUUUUAUCUGCUCUGAUUUUUGAAGACUGUGUUCACAGCUUGUCUCCUCUCAAGGACUGUGAGUAUUACACUUACAAAAGAACACGUGGUGACCUUCAUUGUCACCCGGUUUGUGACAUUAGAGCCCCUGGGCCAGUUUUCCCUGUGAAAAUCAAAACAAAGGUAGAGUGCAACAAGCUAGCCUGAGAACCAAGUGUACAUGGAUUGCAUUUUGUAACAUGCUGCUUUGUUGUUUUCAAUGUCGUCUUUACUACAAACUGUUGGGUCAGCUUGGUCAUUUAUGUGAAAAAAACUUUCUUUUUCAUGUAUACAUUUAUUUAGCUUUGUGACAAAUGCCUUUUUUCUUGUGAAAUAAAAACAUCUUCACCAGUUGGGCAUCUUCCAAUAAUUUAUGGAGUGAA